CAAGCGGAGCGGCGAGGAGGGUGCGACCGGCGAGCAGGGGCCCAGGAGUACUCGCCGCCUUCCGGGCUCCCCUCCGCGCUCCAGGGCGCGGGCACCACUGCGGGCCCCUCGGGCGGGCGCCGGGCUCGGGGCUCCAGGAGUCUGGGGCCGCCCGCCGGGGCGCCGGGACCAUGGCUCUGCGCGCCCGGGCUCUGUACGACUUCAGAUCGGAGAACCCGGGCGAGAUCUCUCUGCGGGAGCACGAGGUGCUGAGCCUGUGCAGUGAGCAGGACAUCGAGGGCUGGCUCGAGGGGGUCAACAGUCGCGGGGACCGCGGCCUCUUCCCGGCCUCGUACGUUCAGGUGAUCCGCGCCCCCGAGCCCGGGCCGGCGGGCGACGGCGGCCCGGGAGCCUCGGGCGCUCCGGCCCGCUACGCCAACGUGCCCCCCGGAGGCUUCGAGCCCCUGCCCGCCGCGCCGCCCGCCUCCUUCAAGCCGCCGCCCGAUGCCUUCCAGCCACUGCUGCAGCCGCAGCAGGCGCCGCCGCCGAGCACCUUCCAUCCGCCAGGCGCGGGCUUCCCGUACGGCGGGGGCGCCCUGCAGCCGUCGCCGCAGCAGCUCUACGGCGGCGGCUACCAGGCCAGCCAGGGCAGCGACGAUGACUGGGACGACGAGUGGGACGACAGCUCCACGGUGGCUGACGAGCCGGGUGCGCUGGGCAGCGGCACGUACCCGGACCUCGACGGCUCGUCGUCUGGGGGCGUCGGCGCGGCGGGCCGCUACCGCCUGUCCACACGCUCCGACCUGUCGCUAGGCUCCCGUGGCGGCUCAGUGCCUCCGCAGCACCACCCGUCUGGGGCCAAGAGCUCGGCCACCGUGAGCCGUAACCUCAACCGCUUUUCCACCUUCGUCAAAUCGGGCGGAGAGGCCUUCGUGCUCGGCGAGGCAUCGGGCUUCGUGAAGGAUGGAGACAAGCUGUGCGUGGUGCUGGGGCCCUACGGCCCUGAGUGGCAGGAGAACCCCUACCCUUUCCAGUGCACCAUUGACGACCCCACCAAGCAGACCAAGUUCAAGGGCAUGAAGAGCUACAUCUCCUACAAGCUGGUGCCCACGCACACGCAGGUGCCGGUGCACCGGCGCUAUAAACACUUCGACUGGUUGUACGCGCGCCUGGCUGAGAAGUUCCCGGUCAUCUCGGUACCCCACCUGCCCGAGAAGCAGGCCACGGGCCGCUUCGAGGAGGACUUCAUCUCUAAGCGCAGAAAAGGGCUGAUCUGGUGGAUGAACCACAUGGCCAGCCACCCUGUGCUGGCGCAGUGCGACGUCUUCCAGCACUUCCUAACGUGCCCCAGCAGCACGGACGAGAAGGCCUGGAAACAGGGCAAGAGGAAGGCCGAGAAGGAUGAGAUGGUUGGCGCCAACUUCUUCCUGACCCUGAGCACGCCCCCCGCUGCCGCCCUUGACCUGCAGGAAGUGGAGAGCAAGAUCGACGGCUUCAAGUGCUUCACCAAGAAGAUGGACGACAGUGCGCUGCAGCUCAACCACACGGCCAACGAGUUUGCGCGCAAGCAGGUUACGGGCUUCAAGAAGGAAUAUCAGAAGGUGGGCCAGUCCUUCCGUGGCCUCAGCCAGGCCUUUGAGCUGGACCAACAGGCCUUCUCGGCUGGCCUGAACCAGGCCAUCGCCUUCACCGGAGAUGCCUAUGACGCCAUCGGCGAGCUCUUCGCCGAGCAGCCCAGGCAGGACCUGGACCCAGUCAUGGACCUUUUAGCACUGUAUCAGGGGCACCUGGCCAACUUCCCUGACAUCAUCCACGUUCAGAAAGGAGCUCUUACCAAAGUAAAGGAGAGUAGGCGACACGUGGAAGAAGGGAAGAUGGAGGUCCAAAAGGCUGAUGGCAUUCAAGAUCGCUGUAACACUAUUUCUUUUGCCACUUUGGCUGAAAUUCACCAUUUCCAUCAAAUUCGAGUAAGAGACUUUAAAUCACAGAUGCAGCAUUUCUUACAACAACAAAUAAUAUUUUUCCAAAAAGUGACGCAGAAGUUGGAGGAGGCUCUUCACAAAUAUGAUAGUGUUUAAUGACUGGUUGUUGGAUUGUGGACUUUUUUUCAGUUCAAGGAUAAUUUCUACAGCAGAAUAAAUACUGCUAUCAAAGAGCUAUUGCCAACUAUCAGCAGUGGUACAAGGAUGGUUUUGUGUUCAACUGAAACUCGGCUGAAUAUAUAAUUCUGUAGGAAAGAAACAGUUAAUAUGGUUAUAUAAUAGAAACAGUACCACACAUUGUAACUAAAUUAUACUAUGUAUGCCUACACUACCAUUGUAACUUUUGGAAUAAUGAUUAUACUAUUUGCCUUAUUGCUUUUUGAAGUAUGGGUAUUUUAGUGCAUACUUUGUAGACCUCAAAACCCACGAAGGGUCUCAAAGAAGCUGGCUGGGUAAAAGCCUGCUGAGGAUGCCUUUUUACUCUCUUAGAUUGGGAUUACUGAAAUUCAACCUGUUCUCUGUUUACAAACUCCAACUAGAGCAGCUAUGCGACUUUGUGCCUUUAGACUCUUGGUUUUUCAUUUCUGCACCCUGCCCCCACCCCUGUUUCUUUUAUUUUAAAGUAACCACAACUUUUCUGAUUGAAAGAGUGAAAGGCCAGUGUACAUAAUGACAAACUGCCGGGAACCUCCUACUGGCGCUGGGGGCGGGCUGGGAGGAUCAGCUGUCAUCAGCUUGCCCAGCGAGUUUUGUCUUCUGAUACACGCUGGUGAGCGCAGUGGAGGGAGACGCCUGCUCAUCUUUGGAUAUAGUGUCUGUUAGGGAAGAAAUGGUGCCACUCUGUUCCCUUAGAUGCUACAGUAGCAUAGCCUCUUCACUCAGGUGUCGUGGAAACUUGGAGUGGAGAUGGAAUCGAACAUGUCUUAUAACCUGGAGAAGGAGUCUAAUCAGCUGGGGACAUGAGCACAGAAUCAGUGACGACACACACUCAAUUUUAGUUCUUAGGAGGGUUUUCUUUUCCUUUGUUUUUCUUUUUUUUUUUUAGCUUGAAGAUUUUCUUUUAAUAUUCAGCGUGAUUUUUUUUUUAAUGGAUCUACACUGUUAACUGAUUGAGACUCCACUGUGAUUCACUCGUUUACUUAAUCAAAAACUUUUCAGGGAUGUCUGUAAAAUUCAGUGUUAUACGUGAUGAAAAGUAGUGUUGGUUGAUCUAAGGAGGGACCAGAAAUAAUUUCUACUAUUCCAAAUGCUGACAGAAAAAAGUAAUUUUUUUUAAAGUAUUGGUAAGCCCCCAGGACAUUUAACCUUUCAAAUUAUUUUGAGUAUAUUCUUUUAUUAUUAUAAGGGAAAUACAAAUGGCUAAUAAAUACCAAAAAAGAUUCAAAAGCAGCUUAAUUUAAAAAGCACAAAGAGGUUCUGGCUUGAAACACCAAAAUCUCAACGUUUUUAUAGUUGCUGAGCUCAGUAAUGUGAUUCUUGAGUUUACAGAUUUAAAAAUUGUCACUGAAAGAUUAAAGUAUCUACUGUUUUUGAUGAAGUCAAACGUAUGCUGCCUCAGAAAUCCCUGGGUAUUGAAAUGGUAACAUGGAAGUAAAGAGGUCAGUUUGAAAUGUUAGUGAGUCACACUGAUUAAAAGAAAAGGGUCAAUUUGCAGGUAGUCAUACAAAGAGAAGGUUAUUGAAGUGAAUACUCAACAGCACAUUUACUCUAAAAAGUAAUCUCACAUGGGUUGAAUUUUUAAGAUCAGAGUAUCAUAAUUUUGAUCAAAAUUUUAUACCUUAGGUAACUUAGAGCCAGAUUUAACAUCAUGUGGCUUUGUCUCUACUACCGACAUGUGGAACUGUAACCAAAUACGUUGUUCUCUAAAAAGUAACUUUCUCCUGUUGAUUGCAAAAUGCAGUUCUAUAAACAAAACCCAUCUAUAUAAAUGUUAAUUUUAUUACAGAAGUUUGGAGAUUAUACUUAUAGCAUUUAAUUUAAGUUUGAGUCUAUUGGACAAAUAAGCAGUAUGCUUGUCAAAUGAUUUGAAAAUCAGUUUUAUUUGCCUUCUUUUUUGAUGGUGGUUUGACUUUUUUUUUUUUUUUUUUUUUUCUUUUAAGGAGAAUCACUAAACUUGUGCGAUGGUAGCAUGGAAAUUAUCUGAGGUGUCUUGUAUGAUUGUGCUUUGGCCAGGGUGGACAUAGCUUAAAUUAUAAAAACUAAAGAUGAAAGAACAAGAAAGUAUAAGUUCAUGCUGCCUAUUUAGAAGGAAACUUUCAUUUUUCAUAACUAUAUAACAUUAUAAUGCCACUGAUUCAUAAGGGGUUUAAAUUAAUUCUGUGGGGUAGGACACCAGAAUUAUUAGUGUUCAUUUUCAUCUAAGAUCUUUAUUUCUCUAACGUUCUUGGUCCUAUUGAAACAUUUCAGUAUACAAACAUACUGCAAUGUUAAUACCCAAGAGAAAAGCCAUCAUAAUGUGUAUGCUGGUCAUUAUGAUCAGAGUGGUACAAUUUUUUAAAAUAAACUAUCAUGCCCUUUAUGCCAUUAUGUCUUUAUUUCUGUAGUUUAUAAUUCUGAUAUAUGGUGUAUUUAGAACAGGAGGGCGUCCUCUGGAGCCCGGUUUUAGUAUUUUAGUGACAAAGUCGUUUAUGUGCUGCAGCUAUAAUGCAGUGAGACUGGUUCUCCAGCCAUACUUGGGAACCCCUUUGCUCUUCUAGGCUGUUGUAUCUGAAGGAACACUUUAAACCCAGGAAAAGGGAACACAUUUGAAAGUGAAACAGAGAGUCAGUGCUUGUUGGCUUUAGUAGAGUUGUAACUGGGAUUUUCUUGGGCUUUAGCGAUCCAGUUGUCUUACAUUUAUUCAUAAGAAUACAGCAGAUUCUUAAAUACUGAUUUUUAAUUGUCUGGAAUUUUGCUGCUGUUCUCACCAUUAAGGACUUGAAAAAUGUUUUAGUCUCUCAAGUCAAGCAUGUAAAGUUUAUGUAUAAACCUUUAAAUGUCAUUCUUUACUAGGUUCAUUGCUACAGCCAUUUUUUCCGUUUAUGCCUUCAUUUCCUCAGAAUCAAAUACUGUGUAUGAUUCUUUUAAAUCCACAAGCAUUAUCCAGUUUUCUCAUUUCCAACCUUAUCUUUGGCUAACAGAAUAAGUAAAACAGGGUACUAUUUAUUUAUAGACUAAAAAUGUUGAAUAUUGUUUCAUUUCCUUCAAAAUGUUAUGAUUAGUGCAGAUCAGCCAUGUUUAUCUUUUAAAAAAUUAACAAAGGUUGCUAUAUUUCUCAACUUCAAUGGAAUAUUAUAAUUAUUUAUUCUCCAGUAGUCAAGGAGGCAUUUAUUUACUGUGAAAGACUUAAACAGAAAAAUAGAAGCGUGUGUUGACUGUCUUAAGCUCCCAUCUGCAGUUGCUGUAUAAAUUGUUCACAAAACUCUGUAGUAAGUUUUGAUUUAAAACCAUAAACCAUUUGGGUGGUCCCACUGAGUACCUGCUUCUGUUACUAACUUCAGUAACUAUUAAGCAUAUAGCAGUAAAUUGUGAGUGAGAUGUUUUGAAAUAAUAGAUACCAUGAGUCCAGCACCUGACACAUAGUAGGUACUUUAAAUAAAGUACUUCACACACUGUAUCUGUUGGGGACCGUCACUGUUGGUUGCCAGAAACAGGCCAGCUCAAACUAGCCUAAUUUGAAAUGGAAAGGGUCAUGGAUGGGUACAGGGACUGGUGACUCCCACACGUGGCCAAAAGUCCCAUCUAGAAGUAAGCUUGCCCUCUAUGUGGGGCUUUGUAAUCUGUCAAUUUCUCUUCUUUAUGGGUCCAUUUUAUUUAUUUUUCUUCCUUUGGCUUGGCUUUUUCAGCAUCUUCUAAUACAUCUAAAACAACCAAGCCAUCUUGUAGUCACAGAUUUCCUUGGGCCAGUGGUGGACACCUGACCAAACUGGACAAAUCAGCUGUGGCCUGGACAGGGUGGUGGUGAGGGUGCUGAGAGGAGAGGUUCUCUUAAAGGGUGUGUGAGGGUAGAAAGGAAACCACAGGAACUAAUGUCAAGUUAAAUGUUUAAUUUCACUUGGUCAGGGUCAGAGUUACCCUUGACAAGCUCCCCUUGGUCACAUGUAGAAGCAAGAGAAUUCCUCACGCAGUAAGCUCUGGUGAGUUUGAGAAGUGGUGAGUAGACUUCUGGGCAGAGUACAGAAGGGUGCUAUGCUAGGGCACUGGGGGCGGGGACCUGGAAAGACCCAGCUGAGGAUCUGCCUUUGCCCCAGGCCUCUGAGCUGAUGCGCUGUGAAUCUGGGAUUGGGUGACGGCUAAAGCCUUUCUAGGGAUGACGAGUUCUUCCUACUUGGCCCUGAUUCUGAGGAUGUCCGAAUCCCAUCAUGCUGGUGACCGAGAUGGAACUUCUAAAAGUGGCUUGUUUUAUUAGACAGUUCAGCUUCCUUGGGUGAACUUGUACCCAAAGUCCAUGAAGUUGUCUUAAAAGGGUUUAGAAACACACAAGAUGUAUGUUAUACCUGGAAAUGAUUCCUAAGUUUGAAGUGGCCACAUGCACCAGAUUUUAUUUUUCUAGUGCUUUAAAUUUUCAGUCACUCCAGGAAAUGGCUCUCAGGGCUUAAUAGCUGCUGAGUUGUAGGACUUCUCUGGGAGCAUAGUGGGGAAGCUGAUCCAGCACAUCAGUGAGAAAGGCACCGCAUUGGAGCCAGGGGUCACACCCUAGCUUCUCUACUCUGAGUGACCUCAGGCAACUCACCAGCCCAUCUGUGAGCCUACUGAGAUUUUAUUGAAUUAUUGAGAAUAUUAGAUUAACCAGUAUGUAUAGUCCUUAACCAUUUGGCAGUAUUCCCUUCUAAAUAACAACCAUAGGAAGUGAUACAAAUUCCAGAAGUAGGUACUUAGUAAAAGAUAGCAAUGUUCCCAAACAUUGUGUGACCUUGAGCUGGCCACUCAAGCUCUCUGAGCCAGUUUUCUAUCUGUAAUGGGAAAUAUUGCGAGAACUGAAUGACACAGGAAAAGCCCUGAGCCCAAUGCAUGGCAAGAGUGAGAACGAUAAAGAUCAUCUGUGAUUAUGUGAGAAGGCAUGAGAUGAAGAGUUUAAAUAAUAAGAACUUCUGAUCAGCUGUAAACAAUCCACACUGCUGUCAGCCAUGGCUGUCUCACCUUGCACCUUCCUUUACCAGCUCCUCCAUCCAACCUGGCCUCUGGUCCAAACUCCCCUCCAGAUUUCCAGAACCCUUGCAUAGCAUCCUUGCAUAUUCUGCCUAAAAGCCUAAUUCCCUGCUUCUCAGACUCACCAAACUCCUGCUGGGUGGGUAGGGGCUUAGCUCUCCAGAGCCCUGUGCCAUAAGGCUCCCUACUUGGUCUUGAAGUGCUAAAUACCAGUAUGUUUGGGAGGCUGUCCUCUAGUUCAAACCAGAAUAUCUGAAGAAGACAGCUCAGAAUUCUGUUUUUGUUCACCAAAUUAAUCAUGAUUUUAUUGACAUCUGCUGUUUUCACACCUUAUAAAAAAUAUGUACUUGAGGCCUAGGACAAAGAGAGGCAGCACACAGCCCUGAUCUCAUGCCAUGCAACACAUUUCUAAAUGACAAUCAUUGCCUUCACUCUGGGAAGCUGAAUUUAAUGCCUCUGAAUGGCUUUGUGAGCAACCAUGUUCUGAAUCAAAUAAAACAUCGGUAUAGACCAAGUUUGAUUAGACAACACGGUGGUUCUGCUUUUGUUAAACCUAACAGUUUUAGAAAAUGCAAAGUUUUAGGUUUUGAUUCAAAUGGUUCCCUUAGGGAGAAAAAUCUUUUUUAAAAAAUUGGAGUAUAGUUUAGGAUUUAGUAAAUUAGAUUCAGCUUAAAACCUUUGAUGUUUUAAUCUAUGUGUUGGUGUUCAGCGUCUGUAGUUUUGAUCACUUUUUAAUGCCCUGGCCUCAGUUUGUGAACUUGUUUUGAACCAGCUGGAGUAGUGAGGUGCCAGUUGCAUGUUCAGUACAAGGCUGCAGCUGUGUGAAACCAAGUCCAUGAGCUGUGUCCUUUAUCUGAACCAAAAUACCUAUGGGGAAAGCAAAACCUAUAAUUCUGGGGGGAAAAAGAUGGGGGGAGGUUCUGAACAAAUGGUGCUUUUUAAUGGCUCCUAUUCUAGAAUCCAUGGGAGGAAAUUUUGACUUUUUAGGUACCCAUCGUGACAGGCAAUCCCAUGAUAAAUUACACAGUUAUCUGAAGGAUUAAAAACCAUAGGUGUCAGUCUGAAAAAAAAAACAACUUCACACACCAAUACAGAAUUCCCCCACUGCCAAAAAUUACAUGACAAAAAGAAAAGGGCAGAACAAUAUUUUAUAUGCUACCCUUUGAGUAAAAGAGAACAUAAUUAUAUUUGCUUAUAUAUGCCUAGAUUAUUUCUGAAAGUAGAGGCAAACAAUAGGUAACAAGGUAACAUUGUUUGCUUUGGAGUCUCGGAACUGGGUGGCUGUGGGGUAGGGUUGGGAAGGAGAUUUUUAUUUUAUGCCUUUUUAUAUCUUUGAAUCAUUGAAGAAUGUAUUUUCUAUUUUAAAAAUAAAAAUAGUGAAAGAUAAAUGUUAAAAUUGACAAAGGGACUAGUCAAAAAAAAAAAAAAAGUAAAAAGGAGGUUGGAACAAUAGCUCUGUGCCAAACCCUCUGAGACCUGGAAACAGAUUGUCCAAGCAUAGGAGGAACAAUCUCAUGCAGACAAUGGACUCACAAUGGUGACCAAAUCAGUCGUCAUCAUGUUAUUCCAUGCUGAAAUCCAGCAGCAUUAGGAAGUGUACUGUUACAAGACCGUGUAAAGUGUACUGUACAGAGAGGUGUGACCAAACCAUAGUCUGUUGCUCUCUGGUACAGGUUAUUCUUUUGUCUUCCUCCUUGCCCUGUGAAGUCUUCCAGCAAUGCUCUAACCCCUGUGUCUGGCCCCUUCUCUGCACUCCUGUCACUUUUGUGAUGACAUUUAGCAACUAAGCACCCAUAGAUCCUGAGCUGAUUUUGAUUUCUUUUUCCUACCACUUACACAUCGAGUGUGUAUUCUGCUCUAGGUAUGGUACUAUUACCUACCAUUACAUACAUUAUUUUAUCUAAGGAACUCACUUACAAAACCACUUGACAGACAAAGAAACGGGCCUCUUGACAUUCCGUGAUGGUCACAACAGCCAGAAAGCGGCAGAGCUGAGAUCUGAACCCACGUCAUCUGACUCCAGGGUCACCUGACCCCAUAGCUCUCAUUACUAAUCACUUUACAACCUACUUGAGGACAGAGGCACAUGCCCUUGAGCUGAAGAGGAGGUGGUGGAAUAGUCCGCCUGAGGACCAGCACUGUCUCUGUCCUCAUCUCCCCAAGACCCGGCAGCGUGAGAGGCGUGGGGUGUAAAUGCAGGAGAACUGUGCCUCGAGAACAGAGGACCUCUGUGACUCACCAGAGUUGCGAAUCCCACUAAAUUGCAUUUUAUGAAAGAAAAUGGCAAAAUGCUAGCCCUCUGCGUUUGCACCACCAGCACAAGUGACUGGCCUUCUCGGGAGGGCUGUUCUCCACAAAGACCUGUGUCCUGGUUCCAGGAGAACGGAGGCAUUGGCCGUAGGAGGAGAUUGGUGUGGCCAGCUGAAGUGCCCGCCUUAUUCCAGCUGCGGGCCUGCUUCUGUGCAGCCGGCUCCAUUCAGAGCCAUGCCCAGACCCAGGACCACAGGUUACACCCUACCCAGCCCUCUGUGAUCGGCUGUCAUUUGACUAUCAAAUCCGUAUGUGCCAGUUUGCUGCUGUGUGUUCUUCCUAAACACAACUGGCAGUUUGAAAGGUACAAGCUGAGCUCCAAGAAUCAGGAGGAAAACUGGCCUCUGAGCAAGUGGCCAAGGGGUGUCACAGGUCAAGACCAGGAACUUACCACCAACAGAGCCAUUUAGAGACUGAAGCGUCAAAUGAGAUGAAAAGUCAUAUAUUGUCACUCUGAUUCUUUCACUCCUUCAAUACGAAAACUUUGAAUGGAACCAGACUACAAGCCUUCUGACUAGCACAUCCUUUCCUGCUUUACCCUGUGGGAAACCAAAUCAUCAUUAAAAAGUUGCUGUGAAAAAGGGAAUUACCCCAACAUCAACACAUUUGAGUCACUUACCUUCGAAAGCUGGAUGAAGCCAUUGGCACAGUAGAGAUAUCCUGGACCCUGAUUCACUUGUUCAACAAGUAUUUACUGAAUGCGUGUUUUCCAGGCAUUGUUUUAGGCACUGGGAAUACAGCAGUGAACAAGACCAACCAAGACCGCAGCCCUCACAGAUGGACACACUAGUGUGGGAGACAUAAUAACUAAAAGUACUUGUGAAAUAGAUGAUAUUUAGAGGAUGGAAGUGGCAUAUAGAAGAAUACACUGGGAUAGGUUGGGGAGUAUGAGCAGUGAGAGGUGGGAGAAUUUGUUCCUUUAAAUAAGGUGGUCGGGACAGGCCUCCCAGCCUGGUGUAAAGACCUGAAGGACCUGAGAGUGAGCCACGUGGACACUCAGGGGAAGAACAUUACAGAACAUGGACAGCAAGUGCAAAGGCCCCAAGGCAGGAGCACACCUAGCAGGUUUGGAGCACAGCAGGGAGGCAGUGUGGGAUGGGGGUGGGGAGUAGGGGGUAGGGGUAGUGGUGGUGCGGGGCUAAGUAGGAGGAGAGGAAGCCUAGAGGUAGGAGAUCCAGGUCGCAGAAGGCCACAUAUAGGCUGUUGUGAGGACUUUGGCUUUUACUUUGAGUAAGAUGGGUGCCCUUGGAGGGUUUGAGUGGAAAAGAGCACGAUCUGCCUUAUAUUGUGACUGGGUGACUUUAGCCCCUCGUUGAGCGUGGCAAGGCAGAAGCAGAGAGACCAGUUAGGAGGCUUUGUGAUAAUCCAGACAUGAUGGGGGCCCACACUAGGAUGGAGGCAGUGGAGGCUGAGGACAGUUGGGUCGAGUCCCUUGAUCAGGGCCCUUGUCCCCAGUGUGGAACUUAGCAAGCACAGGAUCAAUGCCUUCCUUGUUUCCUAAGCCUCCAUGGCUGAUGACCAUCCUUUCUGAUUGACAAAUUCUUACUUAACAAUCUAUCUUGCUGAUUCAAGAGCCAUUCAUUCUCCUUAGCACGACUCUUCUAUUAAGUAUUGAUUUUGUAACUCAACUCUCAGAGAAUACUCUUUCUUAUUUUAAGUUCCUAGGGGCCACUCCAUCACUGCCCCCAGGUACAAGAGCUGACGAGAGGUCUGACACAGAAAAUUGACUUCCAUGGUUCUGGGUGCACACGCCUGUAUUUCAGCAGUAGAUGGGCCACCCUGGUCAUGGCCUGAGGGUCUUGUCUCGCACUCGGUGAGGCGGUGUCUGCCUGGUUGCCACGGUGCUACCUCUGACUCAUGCUGGUAUCUGCAACGUAGAGGUUGAGGCCCGGAGGUUGUUGCCUCUCUGUCUACCCUGGGGACCUCCUGCACUGCCUGGUCAGGAUGCUGCCAGUGAUAUUUGCAAACUGAAUUGACAAACUUUAACAGACUGUUCGUGAUUCCCUUGGAUUCCUUCCCUCUCCCUAAUGUGUAAACACUUGACGCACUGCUCUCCAUGACUGGGCCUCCACUGUGCUUUGUGCUCUGCCUGCUGGCGGCCCAGGGGGCUCCUGCAGUACCACGUCUGUCCUUGCUGAGCCUUUUUAUUGAAAUUGCCUUGCUCCCAUUUAUUCAUCUGUUUUUUGUUAUUGUUGUUUUUGUUUUUUAAACCAUUCCCUGUCUUUUAAUAAAUAUCUGCAAAUGAGUUGAUAAAACUUUAAAGGAUUCCUCUCUCAGUCUCUCCUACUUUCAGUUAUGGGAUGUUUUGACAGUGGCUUUACAUUAGGAUCACUUAGGGAACUCUAAAAAGUAUUAAGAUGCCUGGAUCCCACUCUUGGCCAACUGAAUCAGAAUCUAGAGAGUGGGGCAUAGGCUUCAGUAUGUUUUAAAACUCCCCAGAUGAUUCUGAUGUACAACUUGGCUUUUUCCUUCUAGUCAGUAUAAACAGGGCCUGGCACCAGAAGGCUGUUGUGGCUUCUCAUUCACCAAGGCACUCAAAGGUUCCCUGUACACGAGAUCUUACAGAGAGUAAGAACCAAGGAAGGCAUUGAAAGAAGACAACGUUCCUUAUAUAAAUUCAAAUCUCUGUUCCAUUCGCAGAACACAUGGCCUGUCAUGAAUGAUGAAUUAAUACAGUUUUAGUCUGUAAUCCAUUUUGAAUGGCACAGUUUUAUGUAUUGUAUUUUGUAUGUGUUAAAAGCAAUGGUCUGUUAAAUAUGAAUGAUUAAAAUAUACCACAAAGUG